AUGGCGGCGACCACGUACAUGCCCGCCGAGAUGGAUCUGAACACCAUCGGCGGGUACCACGCAGCGUCGCCGCGGAGCGCCGAGCCCGCGGAUAUGAAGUAUCAGCACCAUUUGCACGCCGGGGGUUCACCGUCGCCGGGAGCUCCUGUGCUCGGCAACCCCUGGACGUCACUACCUCCGGCGGACCCGUGGGCCAUGCACCACAGUCACGCGCACGCGCAUCAACCUGACGUGAAACCUCCGCCGGCACCUCACGAACACCGUCACCUGCAGCACAGCCAUGGCUGGCAUGCACCGGUCGUCAGCCCACACUAUGGUGCUGGCUCACCGGUCGGUCUCCACGGAGGCUAUCCCAUGCCCAUGCACGCACAGCAUCACAUGCUCAGGGAUAUACAGCCUUCGCCGCAUCCUCUACAUCAUCACGCAAUGGAAAGAGAUCAGCCCGAGGAGGACACGCCCACGAGCGACGACCUCGAGGCUUUCGCCAAACAGUUCAAGCAGCGCCGCAUCAAACUAGGCUUCACGCAGGCCGACGUGGGUCUGGCGCUAGGUACUCUUUACGGUAAUGUGUUCUCGCAGACGACCAUCUGCAGAUUCGAGGCACUUCAGCUCAGUUUCAAGAACAUGUGCAAACUUAAACCGUUGCUCCAGAAGUGGCUCGAAGAGGCGGAUUCCACGACAGGGAGUCCGACGAGCAUCGACAAAAUAGCAGCACAAGGCCGGAAAAGAAAGAAGCGCACCUCGAUAGAGGUGUCCGUGAAAGGUGCGCUAGAGCAGCACUUCCACAAGCAGCCGAAGCCGUCGGCGCAGGAAAUCACAUCGCUCGCGGACAGCUUGCAGCUGGAGAAGGAGGUGGUGCGCGUGUGGUUCUGUAAUAGGCGACAGAAGGAGAAGCGCAUGACGCCGCCGAACACGCUCGGCAACGAGAUGAUGGAGGGCAUGGGCCACGCGCACUACGGGCAUAGCGACGUGCACGGCUCGCCGCUGCAGCACUCGCACUCGCCGCCCGGCCUGUCGCCACAGCACGGGCUGCCGCAGGGCGCGCACACGCUGGCCGCGCACUAA